GGAAGAAGAGACAAAAACAACAGCAGCGGCGGCGGCGGCGGUUGCUCUCCAGCUCGGCGACGGUAGUUGACGAAAAGGACGGCAGAGCAAAUUAACGAUUACCUGCUCGGUGUCGCGAAGUGCCGGCGGUUUGUGUACAGUGAAUCCAGUCGUCAUUGUUUACGAUUACCGACAAAAUGUCAUUAUUUGGGAAGUUGUUCGGCAGCGGGGGUAAGGGUGGGAAAGCGCCGACACCCCAGGAGGCUAUCCAGCGGCUCAGAGAGACCGAGGAGAUGUUGGCCAAAAAACAGGAUUUUUUAGAGAAGAAAAUCGACCAGGAGCUGUUAACGGCGAAGAAGAACGGCACGAAAAACAAACGAGCGGCUCUACAAGCCUUGAAGAGAAAAAAGCGUUAUGAGAAGCAGCUGGCUCAGAUUGACGGGACAUUGUCCACCAUUGAGUUCCAGAGGGAGGCGCUAGAGAACGCCAACACCAACACAGAAGUCCUCAAGAACAUGGGCUUUGCUGCCAAGGCAAUGAAAGCUGCACAUGAAAACAUGGACAUAGACAAAGUAGACGAUUUGAUGGCGGAUAUCACAGAACAGCAGGAAGUGGCUCAGGAAAUCUCAGAUGUCAUUUCCAGACCAGUCGGAUUUGGAGAAGACUAUGAUGAGGAUGAGCUUAUGGCUGAGCUGGAGGAGCUGGAACAGGAAGAGCUGGACAAAAAUCUUCUGGAGAUCGAGGGAACAGAAGACGUCCCUCUGCCCAGCGUACCGUCUACGUCACUACCAUCUAGACCGGCCAAGAAGAAGGAGGAAGAAGACGAAGACGACAUGGCGGACCUCGAGGCCUGGGCAGCUAACUAAGCUAGCUCGCCCUGCUAGCUAGCUAGUGCCCCUCUCCCGUCUGUCUCUCUGCUACCAGACUGGUCCCAGACAUCUGGGCGAGAGACAGAGACUCUGGGCUGCUGAGCUGGCUGCUGGCAUGCUGCUCUGUCUAAAAGUUGACAUCCCAAUAUCUAACCAUACCCCAGCCCUAAAGUAUGCACUUGUGCAUGUUUGCUGACUCGAACUGAAGUAAACCCAGGCUUUUCUCUUUUGAUUAAUGUUACAGUUAGAAUCUCUUUGCUCCAGCUGCACUUUCCUCUGUUUCUAAAGGGCACAGGUUAUGGAAAGCAAAUGUCAUGCCCUAACAGCCUGUGGUUAUGUUAAUCGAAGUCCUCUUUUUAAGGAAAAGAGCACAUGAAUGAGCACUUAGAGCAGGAGCGUGCAAGUGCAUACUUCUAGGGACGGGUGUGUGGGGGAACAGGACAAGGCUUGUUUCUGGGAGGAAUGUGAAGAAUCAACAGAUGUGUGGGGAAGAAAAGCAAAAACACAAAGACAAACACGACUCAGCCAUUUUUCUGCUUCCUGCAUUGUCAUAUCUCUGCUCUUUUAAGAUGGUGGCGACAGCCCUUCUUCCGCACUAUGUCUGCUAAAUCUCAACGAAAGAUAAAUUAUAAAAGCGGACUUUCUCAUUGAAAUGUCACUGUCAAACAACAAAACAAGGACAUGUUACAGCAGUGGAGCUGUGCAGUUAAGACAAAACAUGGGAGGAUCCAGGGUUCGAGCGCUGUCAGCCAUAUCUCCCACCGAAAUUUCUUGUUCACUCAUCAGAAGGCCUUCUGGGUUCUUAAGAGGCAAAGGUAUCCACUAUUUCACAAAAAAAAGAAGAAAAAAAUAAGGUGAUUUGGAAAAAGCUAAUGUUAAGUGUUCGUUUAUUAUCCCUUUAAAAUUGUCUUGUGAUCCCUGAGAUAUUCUUUUAGACCCCUUGGAAAGUCAGGAACUACUGCACUACAGAACAAUAAAAACUUUCUUUAGAUGUGGAUGGAGUUAGCUUGAUUUUUGUAAACUUAGGUCCGUCAGAGCUGCAACACCAAACUCAAAUCUGCUGAACUGCAGGAUGAUUAAAAAAAAACCUGACCCAAUAAAGCUGUUCCUCUCUGUGAAGUCACUUUCAGAUAUGAGAGGCGGUUCCUCUUUUCUUUAGAGAAAUGUUAACAAAAGGUCAGGAUAUCUUGGCCUCUACUGCUUCUACUACCAUUUUUAUGAGCUCUCCAAUUUUAUGAAAGUGUAAUACUAAAUCGAUGAAAAACAGAGCCCAGAUGUGGGUUUGGAUGGUGAUGAGUCACCAAAAUAAGAAGGAAAAUCUCACUUACCUCUAGUGGUAUCCAGCCACUAGGAUUAGAGAUGUCUGUUUCUGCCCCCACACUAAAAUACAAAGGAGAAAUUUUACCUGUCUGCCUAUCUGUGUGGGUGAAUCAGUCUGUUAAAAAGACUGAUUGUUAGUUGGCUGACAUUAUCUAAAUACAAAAUCGAAUGGAUCAGUAGAAAUAUGAUUAUUUCCCUGUCUGAAGCUGCUCAGAUGUCAACUGAAAUCUGCUCUGUAAGGGGGCACAUUAAAGGUGUCUUGCACAUUAAAUGUGAAAUUGCCAGGUACCCGACGCCUCCAGCGCCUUGUCUGUCUGUGGUUUAACAGUGACGUACUCUGAGGAAAGGACGUGUGUGAGUGUGUGUGUGAUGUUUUUUCAGCCUUUUGACACAGUGACCUCUUGUGAAUAUUUAGUCAAAUUGAGACUGGAUUUUUUUUUUUGCUCUUGACUCACCGGUAGUGCAAAUUUGAACAUGAGAAGCGGUUGGUCUACAUGACAAAAUUAAGAUAUGAGCAAGUCCAACUUCUGCUCACUGCCCUACUUGUGCUGUAGCGAUACUUCCUUCCUCUUGUCAGCAGACACGUUUAUGCACGGAUGGAUUGGGGUCAAUCCAGAAUCAGAUUGUUGGUUUGGACAUGACAUAUAGAAAUGAAUUAAAACACUAGCUGUUUAAAAUGUUGGCUCAUUUUUGUAAUGCAAAAAUCGUGUUACAUGUGAGGGGUCGACCCCAGUCCUUAUAUUUAAAGACAGACUGUUGAAAAGAAACUUAGAUAUGCCAAUGGAGUUUUGUUUUUCUUUCUUUCUUUUUUAUUUUUUUUUUUGUUUUACCUCAGAUAUCACUCAUGUUCUAUCUGGCUGUACAGAAAUAGUGUGACCAGUAGCCAGUUCUGCUCAGAGCUGUACGAAGGGUUGGACACAGGAGAUUUUCCGUGUGGCAGCCAUGUUGCUUUGUGACUGUUGUCAGUGUGGGGUUGUAUACAGUUUAUCUUAAUAAAGUUGGGGUUCAAUGCAA